ACUCAGCUCAGCAGUCUCCAGCCUACCAACUGGUCUCUAAUAACUAUUUAAAACAGUCUGUCCUGACUCAGCUCAACACUCUCCAGUCUACCAACUGGUCUCUGUAAUAACUAUUUAAAUCAGUCUGUCCUGACUCAGCUCAACACUCUCCAGUCUACCAACUGGUCUCUAAUAACUAUUUAAAACAGUCUGUCCUGACUCAGCUCAACACUCUCCAGUCUACCAACUGGUCUCUGUAACUUCAUCUUUGUCUCUGUGGUGUCCAGUCUUCAGGUGAUGAUGGGGGUAUUGAAUCAUCUCUCUACUCUCCUCCUCCUCUCUCUCCUUCCUCCUUCUCUCUCUCAUGUAGUGGUUAAGUUCAGUGAUGUUCCACAGUGCCAGAAGUUCUUCCUGGAGGGGACAACUCCAAAUCUCCCAGGUAUUUUGGUUGGUGGGACGGUCCAGAACCAGAACCGCUACAAGCCGAUCUGCCAGUUGUUCAAAAACACCUACAGGUUUGCAACUCUCUACGACACGACCAACAGGAUCCCUGUGUUCUCAGCCUACACCUUCACUGGUAAUAUAUCGGGUAGACCAAGUCAGUCCUGGAUGAUAGAGCCUCAGGUGCUUAAUAAUAAUAUAGACAUAGGAGUCAACCAGGCUGUGGACGCAGACUACAAUGCAAAAAUAAAGAACAUGCCUUUGGAGAGGGGUCACUUGUUCCCAUGUUCGCACACACCUGAUAAUGAUACCAUGAGGUCCACUUUCACCCUGACGAACGUCGUUCCCCAGAAAAGAGGCUUCAACCGAGGCAGAUGGAGGGCAAUGGAGAAGAGAGUCAGAGAAGCUCUUGUGAAUAACUGUAAGGAUAACAACAACAGGAUAAAAGCCUAUGUGUUGACUGGAGCAGUUCCCAGUAAGAACAACAAACUGAACAACAGAGUGAACAUCCCAGAUCUCCUGUGGACAGCCUUCUGCUGUUACAACAGUGAGAAGGACAAGUGGAUGGCCGGAGCACACUGGGGUGAGAACAAAGAGGAACUGAACACAGAAGUAUUGGGACCCCAUUCCUUGGCUGAUCUGAAUGUAAUGUUGAACCAAUAUUACCAUGUUUAUGGUGUCGUAGUUGGUGAUGUCAAGGUGUUCCCAGAUCAGUGUUCAAAUGGUGAUAUUCCGACAGAGCUUCUUGUCUCUAAAAACCUAAGCGUCAAAAUGUUGAUACUCCUCCGACAGAGCUUCUUGUCUCUAAAAACCUAA